AGUGUUCUGUGCUAAAGUCUCUAGCUUUAGGGACUUUGCCUAACGUGCCUAACCUCCUUGGGCACCUGAAACCUGUUGAACUGCGAUCAUUGUCAUUUGCCGCCGCUGCAGCUGUCUACAAAAACGUUAACAAACAAUGGGCUCCAGUAGCGGCGCACACUUGUAGAGGUAGUUGUAGUAGGGUCGGUUGUUUACUGUUGUUUUACAGCACCGAAUGCGCUGAGUGCGGCUACAGCAACUGCGAUGAGCGAUGUGACUUGAUUGCAGUACAAUAUUUGCUCGCGAGCCCCGCGGUGCUGGUAUCUAUGAUGUUCAGCGAUGAGCUUGAGGCGAAUUUUUCCGUUUUCGCACGACGACGUCAAGUCGAGGGUGUGUCUCGACUCCACAGAAACAUUCGUUCUGGGCGACGAUCCCACAUGCCUGGACUCCUUGGCCCUGCAGCUUGCUGUUACAUCUGCAGAGGCGGGCGAGUAUGUGGCCAUAAUUGGCUGCAGUGCAAUCGAGACGGUUUUCCACGUCCAUGACAUGCCCGUGUUCAGUCAAGACAUGGUUGAUUUUAUACGCCCAAGGUUCAUGGGCGACCUCAAGUCUCUCUUCAACUACCUCACCAAAUUCCAGCAGCUACCUGUGCAUCCCAAUGUCCUCAUAUUGCACGGACUUGAGGUGUACAUACAGGAAGCCUCAGAGGAAGAAAAUGGGGACCAGACCAUUGCACGCCUGUUCGCGCUGGUGCAGGACGCUGCAAAUUUUGCCACCUUGAAGAAUCGACAGACAUGCCAUUUGCUUGUGACUUGCUGUGAUGCUGCAUCCAAGGGUCACGUAUGUCCCAGUUACGUGAGCGUGCCUUUCUUCCCUCUUCCUUGGCGCUGCAGCAAGCUGGAAGACGGCGGCUACACUCUCCAGCUGGAUGGCCGUCUUCCAACAACUGUCCGCUUCGGUCUGUCCAAAAGGGAGCUCUGCUUACAAAGAGUGGACUGCUUUUGAUGGCGCCGUCUAUAGUUUUUGUUCGGGCUAGUUCACAGUGCUAUUCAGUGGCGCAACAGAAUGAAUGAGAAAUUCAGUUGUAAUCAA